AAACGCUGCCUUCAAUUGUAUUACAGAAUAUAACUUUAAUAUAAUCAUUAGCUAAUUGUGUUGUUAUAUUUAUCUCUUUAUGUGUGGAGUUUUGACUCCCGGAAUGGCGCUCGGGUCCUUGAGGUUGGCAUUGAGUCGGGCAGUGAUAUGCGGGCAUGGCUGUAAAAGUCCGGGUGGUCUCCCCCUCCUUCUCCUGUGUAAACCCCAGCCUACCACGCUGACUCACCUGGGCUUGAAGCUGCAGCGGUGGGCGUGGUUCUCCACCACGGUGAGCGACGGCGGGGACCCAGCGGAGACCGAACCUCAGGAGAAGAGGAAGAAGAAAAAACACGACCCGAAAGCUCGGACCACCAUCGGCAGCGUGGGCAGGAAGAUUUACCAGCGCCACCUACUGCUGCUGGACGAGCGGGGCGCCAACAUGGGCACCGUGCACCGGGCCGACGCCCUCAGGCUGAUGGACGAGAGAGGACUGAAGCUGGUUCCGGUGAACGAGCACGCCGAGCCGCCCGUGUUCCGACUCAUGAGCGGCAAACAGAUUCACGAAGAGCAGAUGAGGCUGAGGGAGAAACAGAAGUCUAAAAAUACAGGUCCGAUUCAGAUGAAGGAUCUGACCGUGUCCUCUGAUAUCGCUCUACAUGACCUGGACACCAAACUAAAGCAGGUAGCAAACUGGCUGGAGAAGAAACAUCACGUCAGACUGACCGUGAAGGGGCGACACGGCCCGAACGAGAACACUCUGGACUCGACCCUGGACGACAUGGUGGCGAGUCUGACCGUGCCGUUCGGCUACGUCUCCAAACCCAAACUCAUCCGAGAGGGCCGAGCGGCCUCCUGCGUCCUGCGCCCCCCGUCCGCCAAGGAACUGCAGCAGCAGGCGGCCAAGAACAAAGCGGAAGAGUCGACCAAGGUUCCCGAAUCUGACCCGGAACGACGGGAAGUGUCUGGCUCAUCCGGGUCCGAGACGGUCACGGACUCUCGGCAGCACUGACCGCAUCGGGUGGAUAAACAUGGUUACAGACAGAAAACCGUCGCUCAGAAUCAAGCCUGGAGGUCAGAGCGUCGAUUAGAACAUGGACUGAUUUAUAAAUGAUGCUGGGAACAGAUAUUUGUGGGCCAGAUUUCUCCGUCAAUCUCAAUAAAAGUUCAGAUCAUCUAGAAGAUCCGGGUCACUUACUGAUCUGUAAAAAACCGACUGUGUGAUACAUGUAGUUUUUUUAAUGAUUAUAAAUGGUUGUUCCUGAUGAUUAUUUGGCAUAGAAAUAAUUACAAUGAACAAUUUUAGUUUGGCACUGUUGGACAUAGCCAUUUCCCUAUUGAACUUCUGACUUGCUGCAUACAGAACGCCUUUAAGCAGCCAGGUAUAAAAUCACACGCCACGCUUUCUGUGUUCCUCCUUUCUUCUUCUUCUUCAGAUUUGUGCCCAUUCGUAUCUGUAAAGCAACUGACCGGGCUGAAUCUGGGCAUCUGAACUAACGGGCAAGAGCAGCGAUGCCCUUCUUCCAUUGUUCGGUUCUCAGUGACCCCAUAUUUCAAAGUACCUGUACCCAAGUACCUGUGUUAAAUGUGGUUAUCAGAUUUGGAUGUGUUGUACCGUGGGAAGUGGGUAUUAUACGGUGUGUAACGGUGGGCGACUGGUCAGGUCGGGUCAGUAAAACAUCGUCUUCUGAUUUAGGUUUCCAAUCCAGAGCUUUUCUACGACUUACCAAAACAAUGAUGUGGUGAUAAAAUAAUAAACUGUAGAAGUGAAUUUUUGGCAAGUAAAUGUUAUAAUAAAUUGUAAAUGAAUUGCA